AUGGUCUCCAAACAAAACUUACAUCGAUUCAAAAAUGUAGUAAAUGAUGGGAUGACAUUUUACAUCAGAGGUCCAAACUUUGCAGCACUGAAGACAGGUAGUUUUAAAUUAACUCUUCAUGAUCAAAAAUCCACAUCCGUCCAACAAACCGUUAUUACAGAGUGUAACGAUUUCUCUGGAUCUGUGUUUGGGUUUUCAUUUGUUGAUUUUCAAACUGUGUUAUCAUUGACUCAUCCUCAAGAUACAUAUGUUCAUGUUAUUGGUUUGGUUGUGACAAUUGCUGAGAUACAACAAGAUAAUCGUCGUAUCGUUGGUAUUCUUCAGUUUGGUCAGAUUAAUGUUUGGAGAGAUCGUCCAAAUGUAAACACCUACUUUACCUCUUCCAAGUUGUUCAUUAACUAUGACAUAGAUGAGAUUACUAAUUUCAACAAAAGGUUUAUGAUUCCUAUACGUGUGCAAAAUAAUAUUGGAACUCUAACAUUAACCAUGUUUAAGAGAGAAGGGAAGUAUAUGUUGAAACAGUCAGCUAAAGAGUUUGUUCAAAAAAUGAGCGAGCAUGGAGACGAUGUUGGUUUUUAUCCGGGGAAAAUUAAUGCGUUGAAAUGUUUGAAAUUCGCCUUUAAAAUUUAUGUUACAAAAUUCAAUGUCUCCAACAAAAACAACCAAUAUGAUAUUGAUAGAAUCAGUGAUGAUAAGACUUUAAUCGAACAACUUGAAAAUAAGUUCACCGAGUCACAGCCUUCUAAUUCACGGUCGUGAGAUUUUGGUUCGGUCGAUUUGCAAUCUCAAGAGAUCAAAAAUUUAAUGGAUGCAGUUUUUGACACGGACGAUAACAUAACUCCUUCCACUAUUGACAAAAACGACACAAGUCCAAUGAAGAUUUUGAAUGCAACAUCGGUCUUAAAGCGAAAUCUACAUCAAAAACUCCAAAAAUAUCUCCAGAUGGUCCAGGAAAACAGUUGUUGAAUGUAAAGUUGGAGAAAAAUGGUUGAUUUAUGCUUUGG